AUGGCAACUUUGGAACGAGCGCUCAGUGAAGCGUUGGGAUCGGUGAGAAUUUAUUUUUAAAUGAAGAUUUCAAAGCUAUGAUGGAAAUGUUAAAAAAAUCUUGGAAUAAGACCUUAUAAAAUGUAGUAACACAUAAAAUGAGCUCAAAAGAACAAAAAUAUUGAGUUGAAAGACAUUUAAAUGCGCGCGCAUUUUUUUAAAAUUAAUUUUUUUCAGAGGUUGAAAAUUUACACUUCAACAAAUUUCUUUGAAAAAUUCAUUUGAUUUAAAUCUUUUUUUCAUGUGUAAAUGUCGAAAAAAAGUGUAGAAAUAUACAAAAGAAAAAGGGGAUAAAAAGUUUUUUUUGUAGAAAAAGUGAAUUUCGAGACGUAUUUUUGAAAAAUAAUCUGUUCAGUAAACUUUAUGAAAAAAAGAGCCAAGGUUUUUCCGAAUAUCUGUUUUCGUUUCUUCUAAUUUUUCCUUUGAAUACAUUUAAUAUUUUUUUAUAAGUUUUCAACAAGACUUCUCAAAAGUAUAUAAAAUGAGAAAAAAAGUCAUUAAGAAGAAGAAAAUGUUAAGAAACCAGCAGAAACGAUUCGAAACGUUUGCCUCGUCGCACACGUCGACCAUGGAAAAACGAGCUUUGCCGAUUCUUUGGUUUCAGUCAAUUCCAUCAUUUCUAGUAUAUUUUCCAAAGUUUUGAAUAAGUUCAAAGUUUAAAAAUUGAGGUAGAAUGGCUGGCAAACUGCGGUACAUGGACAGUCGGCCGGAUGAACAAGUUCGUGGGAUCACGAUGAAAACCAGUGGAAUUUCUCUUUUGUGCGAUCCUCUACUCAUUAAUUUGAUUGAUAGUCCAGGUACAUAACUUCCUUAGGUUCAAUAUUGUGUUAAAAUAAUAUAAAGUAGAGAGCGAAGCUAUGAAAAUGAAAAAUUCAAGGUUUUUCAAAAAGCGAUUCGAAGUUUUUUUUAUUUUUCUCUUUAGCAGUGCCCACCUUACAUAUUUUGGCUUCAAAUGCAUGUAAAGGUUUUUUUGAAAAAAAUUGUUCUUUCUUCUUUUAUUUUUUUACUAUAUAAUUUCGUCCCUCCGCGUUUUUGAGUUCAAGUCUUUCAAAUUAACGCUUUCGAAGAAAAAAAUGAUUGUAUUCUAACAGUUUUCAUUAAUUCCAAAAGAAAAAGUUUCAGGCCACGUUGAUUUUUCCGGUGAAGUCACGUCGGCUUUGAUUCUCUCCGAUAUCGCUUUGCUUUUGAUCGAUGUGGUCAGUCAUUACAAUAUAGUCUCAUCCUUACUCGAAGAAUUGUUUAAGAUCGAAGGAAUCUGCUCGCAAACCGAAGCCCUAAUCCGGCAGUUGAUUCAAAACGGCCAAUCGAUGAUUUUGAUCAUCAACAAAAUUGAUAGGUUUGUCUUCAUUUUAGAACUUGUUUGAAGUUUUUUUUUCCAAGGCAGAUUUUUACUUGACCUUAAAUAACGCGUGCAAGGGCUUUUAUCCUAAAAAAAAUCAUGGUUAAACGAAAAAGUUUCUUCAAAGACUCUUAGAAGCAGCUGAAUAUGUUCCGAUAAAAGCUCUUAAAAUAAUGAGAAAAAGUCUUUUGAGCUUUUUUUUCACUGCCUCAGAGGGCCUUUUUUAAUCUCCUUUUCAGUUGCUUUCCAUUAUCAUUUUGUCGAAAGAGGUAAAAGAAGGCCAAAGUGAAAAGAAAAACAUUCGUUGGGGACCUUCAGAAGGCCUUUUCGUUUUUUGAUAGAAGCUUUCCCGUUUCGCCUGAGAUUCUUCAUGUCACUUUAUCCUGCUUCUUUACUAUUUUUUUUCUGGCUUUAUCUAAAAAAUAUAAUUCUUCAGUUUUUUAUUCGAAAAAUUUAAAUCUCGAUAGAAAAUUCUUCAGAAAUUCAUGAAUUAUUCUCAUUCUUUAAAUGAGCUAACCAAUCCUCUUUCAUUAUCCUCCUUCUUUCAAAACUCUCUUCCUGUCAUGUUCUGUCAAAAAAUAAUGGAAUUUUUAGAGAUUCAAAUUGAAGAAAAACCCUCGAAAAUUGACUAUGUCCCGUGUACUGUCAUCCUUCUGCCCAUCCUUUAUUUUUCUCUUCUUUUUAUAUGCUAAUGUCAAAAAUUGACCCGGAACAAUCGGCUAUUAUAUAUAAUGUUCACAGGUUACGGAUAGAGCUGAAAAUGUCUUCAGACGAAGCUUAUCUGCACAUCGUUCGGCUGAUCGAAGGCGUUAACAGUUGUAUUAGUCAGGUAUUUUCAUUUUAUCUUUGUUCAAAGGGACGGAAACAAAUUCAAAAAUGUUGAGAAACGACAACCACAGUAUAUAUACGACUAUAUAUCACUAAAUCAAAGAUUUAUUUAAACUGAGAAUUUUUUUCAUUUUUUUGUUGAAAGGUAUGACUUCUAGAGAAUCUGUUCGGUAUUUCUAAACUUUUCAUUUUUCUGGAAAAAUGCUAUAUUGAAUGAAGGAAUCUUUAGGAAGUAAAAGAUCUCAUCAGAGGUGCCUCUAGGAUCUGUAAUACAACUUUUAGGGGCUCUCUAAAGUCGAAAACUUCAAUGUCUCCGAUUGAGCUCAUUUUUGGAGGGUAUAUAGGUUAGCUCUAGAGAGCUUUUUUUUUUCUUCGUCGUUUCUUCUUUCGGCCUUUCACGCAGGAAGAAGGUGAAAAAGGCCCAAAAAGUUCGUUUCAUACAUUGAAACUACAAAGUAGAAUCAAAGAGAAGGAAGAGGGAAUUGACGUAGUUACUUUGAACGGUCAAAGUCAAGAGUUGAUUCUUAACAAUUAUAUGUUUCUUUUCCUCGACUUGAAAAAAAAAGUUCUUGCAGAAUCUCUCUUCUUUUACAGGUGGGGUUCGUUUAUCCAACCAGUGAUUUUCUUGUUUCAUUUCCUGUUUCACUUAAUUUUUUUUCUUAAAUCUUUUCUGAACUUGGAGUCUUUUGCAACAGUACAAGUUUUUAUAAUUUUUCAUGUUUUGUUCAAAAAACUUUCGUUUCAAUUUGAGCUUCCAGGUCUUAUCGGGUAUUUUAUUGGAAGGCGAUCGAUGGGAUAAUUUCGAGGAGGUCGAGGCGCAGCUGCAUUUUAAUCCAGUGAGAGGUCGGGACAUGGAUUAGGCUAUAUUCGACGGUUAUUUUUCAGGCAACGUCAUAUUUUCUUCGGCUUUGCAUUCAUACGCCUUUGGCCUGGAAGAUUUUGCCGGUGUUUACGCGGAAAAGAUUAAAGUCGAUCGGAAUGAACUCUUGAAUGGAAUGUUUGGAGAUUUCUACCUAACGGCUAGUGGUGUUAAGGUGAUUGAUGUCUUUUUUAUCUUUAUUAAAAGUUUGAAUCUUUUCAAGUUUUUUGUUAUUUUUCUCAACUUAAGUUUAAGGAAGGAGCCGCAGCAAAAGGAAAGAAGACCAUCUUUGAAGACUUGAUUUUGGAGCCCCUUUGGAAAAUACACGACUAUGGUCUUGUGGAGAACGAUCUGGAGAAAUUGACAAAGCUCACUGGUAAGAAAUGUAUCUGAUAAAAAAAUUAAUAAUUAUAAAUAAUCAAAAAACGACAGGGAAAGCUUCGUUUAAGGUUUUUUUUUUAAAUUCAAGUUUCUUUUUCAAGCAUUACAAAAGUUAGAUAAUAAAAUUUCUCUGAGUACUAUAUUUUAACAUCUUCGUCAAACCACUUUCAUAAAUCCAGAAAGACUCGGCAUCAAGCUGAAAAGCCGAAGAGCGGCUGAGGCGUUCGACGAGGCCAUGCGAACCUGGCUUCCCCUUCCAAACGCGACUUUUCGCGCCGUCGCCCGAGCUCCUUCGGCUAAAUCGACCUUCCAAGAUCUGCGCCGGAUCAACCAUCUCACCGGCAAACGGAUAGAUCACCCGCUGCGACCGUUGAUCACCGCCUGCUCUUCGGAAGGUUUUCAGAGAAUAUGGAAAACGAGAGUUCAACAGCUUCUUGAAGAGACACCAGAGAAGGAGGACUUCUUUGGCGUCUUUUCAGACUUUCGUAGAGUUUUGACUGAAACUAGAGAUUAGCUGCGAUUUCAAGAGAGUCCAGAGAAAAAAAAGCUUUUCAAUUUCUCUGGCGUCUCUUCAGACCUUCGUUGAGUGCUGACUUCUUGGAGACAGAACUAGAGAUUAGUGAUGACUUGAAGAGACUCCAGAGAAAGGGGAUUUCCGAACUUCUCUGUCGUCUCUUCAGAAAGCUGCUGACAUGGUGCCCCGGGAGCCCCGUUAUUUAAAGCAAUCGCCCCCGCCCCGCUGAGUAGAUAAGUUGAAAUGAAGUAUAAAUCAAAGAAUCCGCAGAGAAACGGCUAAUGAAGAAUCUAUUGGUGAAAGGAAAUAAAAGUUUGACCGCUUCUCUUCAAGUAGUUGAAAAAAGCUAGAAAUUAUUGGUGGCCUGAAGAGAUGCCAGACAACAAGGAAAUCCUGAUUUUUGUGAUUUCUCAAUAGGGAUAUGUUUAUCUCUCUUCUUCUGGAACAAACUAGAGAUCAAGGUUUACAGAAAAGACGUCAUAAAACGAGAAUAAUCUUGCUUCUUUGGCGUCUUCUCAGGCCGCCGUUCAUUUCGUUUUUCUCUCAUAUUUGUCCUUUUUUGGAGCCCUACAAUCAAAUAAUGGCUGUUGGGAAUUAUCUUUUUUUUUUAGAAACUACGGUAGUUUUCGUCGUGAAACUCCUACAGAGCGACGAACAUGGCCGCCGUGCCAUUUGUAGGAUUUUGAGCGGGACUUUGAAACCGGGAGAUAAGCUUCAUGUCCUUCAUGCUCAGGUUUGACUUCCUCCAGCUCAGAAAAAGAUUUUUCGCAUGAUUCAGAAGCGAGUCGUUGAUUCUGAAGGCUCGGAAGAAGCCGUGACGACGACGGUCAAAGCGUUAGGCAUGCUGAGAGGUCGUGACGUCGUUCCUAUCCCUAAAGUCACUGCUGGCGUCAUUUGUGCCGUCGAUGCGGAUCUUCUACUUCAGGUUGAAUAAUCCUUGUCCCGACUCGAAACUGCUUGUCUUUCAGAACACCACGCUGUGUUCUGAGCCGGAUUAUCCGCCUCUGAACGUUGGUAGUGAGGAGGGCGAAGCUUUGGUUCGUGUUUCAGUGAGCACGGAUCAGCUUGAUGAGAUGGAUGAGCUCCGGGAGAAGCUCAAGCUCCUGUCCUUGCUCGACUCGAGUUUGAAAGUUCGUUUGUGCGGGAGAAGAUCAGGAAUAUAGGUGAUAAGGUGGUUUGGUACAGUAAUUUAAUUCAGAUUUCUUCUAAAGGUAGGUCAGUUUUCCCUAGGAAAGGUUUAGGUAAGUCCUAAGAUAUAAAAGUUAAUUGAAAGUUAUCCCACGGUUGACUCUAGUUUUUGAGUGUUAGGUGAGAUCAGACAGGCCUAAAUUGUGUCAAAAAAGUGAGUUUAGUAUGUAGAAGGUUUAGGUACUGGGAAGAGCUCAGAAUUCUUUUUUUUUUUUCGAGAUUUGGCCAAAAGUUGAGCAGUUUGCUAAAGAAAGCGAGAAAGGAGGGCGACUCGAAGAGCCUUUAGAGAGAUCGGCUAUUUCUUUUUUCUAUGAGGUCUCUUCAUGCUCUCAGUGUCUCUCAGCUUUUUCAAUCUUAUAGUUGUUUCACACUUUUUUGAUUUUAUCAAAAAGAAAAAUUCUCGACAGGUCCUCGAACUUGAAACCGGAGAGUUGGCAAUGGUAACCGCCGGAGAGGUGCACCUUCAAAAGUGUGUCCGCGACCUCAACGACCUCGGAAUCACCAAUUUGGACGUCUCCGCUCCGAUAGUUCCCUUCUUGGAAACCGUCGUACCCGAGCCGACUUCCGACAAGUACGAGAUCGAGGAAAAGAUCACGGUGCGACUUGGAGGGUCCACAGAAUUUAGACGGUUUUUAGGAGUGUCGCAUUCGACGGCAGAUUGCCAGGGACGACGAGGAGGAAGAUGAUGGGUCAAAGGCUUCAGAAUCCGACGAAAAAGAAGAAGUCCAACAUCAGAAGCAAGCGACGAAAACGGCCCUCUACAUCCGCUUGAGAGUCGUGCCGUUGCCGGAUUCCCUAGUCGAGGUGCUUGAGAAUAAGGAUCAAUGACGUCACUAUUUAAUCAUUUUUGAUGACGUCACCUAUAUGGAAAAAUCAUGUUCAAAUAAGAAAUUUUAUAAUAUGAGGUUUUGACGAUACUCUCAUGGAAAAAAGACGAAUUUGGUGACUUUGAAAUUUCUGUUGGAAACUUCUAAUUAAUAACAUCAUUAUUUAUGUAUAUUUCUUUUCUGACGUCAUCAAAUGUUAACCGUCACCUUUUUUAAAAAAAAUUUAACGUUUUCCAUUGAUUUCAAGAUGUUGUCAACUUCUUGAUGACGUAAUCUGAAAUGAAAUGACGUCAUUUUGAUCUCAUGAGCUUUUAGUCUGAGAGCUGUUAAUCAUAAAUUCGAUUAAAUUGUCUACAACUAUCUAUUUUUGCAGCUCCUCGAGAAAAACGCCAAACUGAUUGGCGCCAUGAAACAAGGCGACGUUGAUGACGCCGACGCCAAGGAGUUUGAGUAGGAUUAUCGAUUGAUUUGUAGAAAAUCUAAAUUUUCCCACUUGAGGGAGAAAUUCCGAUCGAUUUGCUCUACUCAGCUUUACACGAUGAAAGGCACAUGGUGGUUCCGAAAACCCAAGGAGCAGAUCGAGUCGUUGAUCAACAGGGUACGGAAUGAUGAAGAUUUGAGAAAGUCUGACUUGUCUGCGCCCUCUUUCCUCUCACCGAGGAAGAAAUAGCUGGUGGGCGCAGAGAAGUCCGACUUUUCCAAGAAGCGACGAAGGAAGUAUGGAAAAAGAAGCUGUUUCUUGAAGAUAUGGUCGUUCGGGCCGGAGAAAGCUCGGGCCAACGUGAUGUUCAACGCGAUUGAGGGUUACGAGAGGAAAAGUGUCUGGACGAGUGGGUUUUCUAUUGAGAUAUUAAGAAAACAACUUUUUUUUUUGUAUACCUGUACACACCGUGGUGAGGUUAUUGAACAAAAAAAGCUGGUAAAAAAAUGGCAAUAAAGGCACAGGUGUUCUAGUUAUCUAGAAAAAAAUAGAGUCCUCAGUUAGUUUAGAUUGUAUCCUUCUAAAAAUAAAAUUCCAUUUUUUUCUAAGAGUAAGCCAUGUCGAAAUAACUGAUUUCGAAAUAUCGUUUUUGACAGAAGACAGCGAAGAAUCGACUCUGAGACGGUUUGAUCAAGCCUUGACGGCUGGCUUCGAACUAUUUUGUGGAUCGGGACCUCUUUGCAAUGAAAAUAUGCGCGGUGUUGGUGUGAUCGUCGAGAAAUGGGAGGUCGACGAGGAGGUUCCUGUUUCGGAAUUUGAAUUUCGAAAAGCUCACUCUGAAAGUUUUGAUAAUUCCGUUUUUGAUUUUUCCUCGAUUUUUAAUAUUUUGAAGUUUUUUCGAAAAUCGCUGUAGGUUAUUUUUUAAUCAGUGGAGCACAUUUUUUUCAUUAUUUUUUCAAAAAAUCUCAGGAUUCGGCGAUCGGAGGCCAAAUGAUGUCGGCCAUGAAAAGCACCUGUGCCUCUGCGGCUCAAAAACUGGCGCUUCGAUUAGUGGCAGCCAUGUACAAGUUGGUUACGGUAGAUUCAGUAUACUGUACUUGAAAUGGCUUGCAGAUGUACGGUAACCACCUCUUCGCAGGCUCUGGGCAAGGUCCACGCCGUGUUGGCUCAGAGAAAGGCCAAGGUUUGUUUAGGGGUGAGAACGAACUUGGAAGAAAAGCAAUAAGUAAUUUUCAAAUGGAAAUAGCCACGGGUACAAAAAAGUGGACGUUCUUUCAACGGUAAGAAGUUCAUCUGAUCAAAAAUAAGUGUUCCAUUUAUUUGCCCUUGAAUAAUUUUUGGAAGGAAGCUUUCAAUUCCAUAUUUCUAGCGUAAAUUAUCAUUUUAUGAGUUUUGAUAUUUGAUUUAUUCGAUUUUUCGAGCUUGAAAUAAAUUUUUAGCCAUCUUACGGUCCUCUGCGCUCUCCCCCAAACAGAUACUAUCUUUCUAGCUAUACUUUAAAGCGAGUUCAGCUUCAUGUUUUACUAUAAAUAAAAUUUGAGCUUUCAAUUGAAGAGGAGAGGACGACUCUCUUUAUUUAAACAUUUUUCGGAAGUUCUUGUGACUUUUUCAAUUCAAAAGUAAUUUUUUGAAAUGUUUCUUUUCCGAUUUCCAGGUCCUGGCGGAGGACAUCAACGAAGCGACAGGACUUUUCGAAGUUGUCUCAUUAAUGCCGGUCGUCGAAUCAUUCUCUUUCUGUGAUCAGUUAAGGUGAACUGAUUACGACGAAAUUUUCUUCAUUUAACUAUCAUGGGUCACAUCUUAUGAUUAAGUUAAUCAGUUUUUGAAAGAAGAAAAAAACCUUUCAAAACUGAAUUCAUGAGAUUUUUAAAGGUUUCUAUAAAAUCGAUUUUUCGGAUCGGUAAGGUUUAUUGAGGGUAAGUUUCUGUUUAUAUGAAAGUAGAGAUGCCCAGAAGCUCAGAAAGAGUAAUUUGAUCCGCAUCGGAGCAUUUUGACGGUUGCUGUGAUUUUUCGAAGUCUCAUUUCAAUUAUUUGGCUAAAAUGACUAAAAUCGAAUAACGGGAAGAAAAAAGUAAUAGGGUUUUUUCAGAACUGGAACUUCUGGCAUGGCAUCGGCGCAACUGCACUUCUCUCAUUGGCAGAUCAUUGAUGAGGUUUUGAGAGAGAGAUGAAGAAAAUUGAAAAAGAGAGCUAUUUUGAGAAUCCGUAUUGGGUGCCGACAACCCUCGAAGAAAUCGAAGAAUUUGGCUUGAAAGGCGACAGUCCGAACCAUGCGCGUGGCUACAUGGACGCUGUUAGGAGGAGAAAGGUAGUGAUAGAGAGUAUGGGAAAUGAGGAGGUAUCAGAAAUGAAGAGAAAAAGGAGGCGUCUGGUGUCUCUGCAUUCUUCCUGCUCUCUGAUCCGUGUCGAAAAGUUUUAUAAAGAUAUAUCGCAUCGAGUAAUUCAGUAAGAAACGGAGUAAUAUUAGAAAGCAUGGAAAAUGAAGAGAUCUCCAGACAUGGAAGGAAAAUAGACACGUUUCCGGUCUUCGUUUCUUCAAUGCUUUCUGAUCAUUAUGUUUCAAUGAAAAAUUUAAUGUUUAUCAACAAAUUUCAAAGGUAAUUAGAAAGAAUGGAUAAUGAGGAGGUAGCCAGAAGUUGAGAGGAACUUUGUUGAGCCUGGUGUCUCCAGUUUUCUUAUAAUCUCGUUUUGCUUCAAGUUUCAGGGGUAUUCGGGAAGUUUCGAACUUUGAGAACGAUACUUUUUCUCGAAGCUUUUUCUUUUUUUAUAAAAAUAUGGAAAAAUAGAAUACAUUUUAUGUUUUUAUUUGAAACAUUUCUUCACUGAAACUUUCAAAAACUUUUGAAAAAAUUUAAAAACAAAUGAGAAAUUUUUUCAGGGUCUUCCAACUGAAGAUCUGAUCGUCGUGUCGGCAGAAAAGCAGAGAAAUUUGAAGAGAAACAAAUAA